AUUUAAACUUAGCUCUCCUCCGUGACGUGACCAUAACGGCGGUUCUCGACUUGGUUGCUUUCGUUCGUUUCUUCUUUGCGCCCACUCCGCCCCCUGCUCGUCUCCGCUCUGCUCUGUCGGAACCUCCGAGUCCGCCGCGACCCGUGCCGUGACAAAGUCACCUCACAUCCCCGAGCUCUCUUGGAUUUGGCAUGCAGUGUGUAGCUUGAUCAUAGAAAGAAAGUAGUAGUAGCUGUCCUUAUAGUCCAGAGGAAAAGGUCAACAUUGAUAGACAUAAGAGCAAGAGAAACCAGAGGAACUUUUACAAGAAAAUUAAGGAUGAAAUUGAAGAAGCAGAAGAGGCAUAGAAAAACUUUGACGUUUUACACUACAUGCUUUGGUGUUCGGAAGCCUUAUAAGGUUUUAUGCGAUGGAACAUUUGUGCAUCACCUCCUUGUGAAUCGAAUAACCCCAGCUGACAUCGCACUUGGCAAUAUCCUCGGUGCUUCUGUCAAACUCUACACAACCAGGUGUGUUCUGGCUGAGUUGAAGCGACUUGGUAGCUCAUAUUCUGAGACUCUGGAGAAUGCUCAUAAACUUAUAGUUGCUAGAUGUGAGCAUGAUAAAUGUGUGGGUGCAGAUGCUUGCAUCAAGGAGGCUGUUGGAGAAAACAAUUCUGAGCAUUUCUUUGUUGCUAGUCAGGACACUGACCUCCGAAAAAAGCUGCAAGAGGUACCUGGUGUGCCUCUAAUAUAUGGUCUGAGGAAUGCUCUUUUUCUUGAAUCCCCAUCUGCAUUUCAACGGCAAUAUGUUAAAACUUCUGAAGAAGGACGGUUGCAUAUGACUGAAAAAGAGUACAAGAUAUUGAAGGAUAGGGUCAUGAAUAGACUGCGUGACGAGGAACCUAACAAUUCCAUUACUGAAACAAUGGAAAAUGUGGAUUCAGGAGAUCAGACCGUAAAUGUUCAGGCAGUAGAGGCGAAUACUUUUGCAAGGGAUCCGAUGGCAGUCAAGGAUAAACCUCAGUUCAAGAGAAAAAGAGCCAAGGGUCCAAACCCACUUUCCUGCAAGAAGAAAAGUAAAAGUCAAAAUAUUGGUCCUUCUAAGGAAACGAAAGGAGAUAAUGAAGUGAAGAGAAGCAGGAAAAGAAAGAGGUCACAUAAACGGAAAAUGGCGACAGAAGGAGACAAUUAGGUUGAUUUAUUUUAUACUUAGCAAAAGAAGAGCUUCUUGACUUUACUGCAUCAUGAAGGGAAGAGUGUAUGUACAUUAGUUGCAUGUUUUGCAUAUUAUAUUUUAUACUUUUCAAUUUUGCCGUUUGCUUAGAGGUGUACUUCCAAACAGGUAAAGUUUACCCUAAUUGAUUCUGAUUUGAUUUAAAUGAA